ACCGCCGUGGCCGGCCUCGCGUUGGCCGCCACCAUCGUCCUCUCCUCCCGUAGGUAAAGAAGAAGAAGAAGAAGAGCCCCCAAUCAAACCCUAGAAAAGUUAGGGUUUUGGUGUAGUUUAGUUUGGUCUCGAAGAAGGAAGAAGAAGAAGAGGAGGAGGUUGGGGAGUAUAGAUGAAGGCGCUGAGGCGAUCCAACACGUCGGCGUCGUCCUCGUCGCCCUCCUCGUCCUCGUCCCCGCCCCCCUUCUCGUCGUGGAUCCAUUUGCGAUCGCUUCUCGUAGUCGCGUCCUCCUCCUCCACAUCCUCGUCCUCCUCCUCCACAUCCUCGUCCUCGUCCUCCUCCUCUUCCGUCUCGUCUCCUCUUCCCGAUCGUGGAAGCCUUAAAUCUCCAUGGUCUCGAAAGAAAAGAAAACGUGCACUUUCUCGACGGCAAUGGUACUGUCUUUUUUCAGCAGAUGGAAGACUUCGUGAUGGAGGAGCCAAAUUUUUGAAGAAAGUUCGAAGUGGAGGAGUUGAUCCAAGCAUUAGGGCUGAAGUUUGGCCUUUCCUCCUUGGAGUCUAUGAUUUGAAUUGUUCGGAGACAGAAAGAAACAUCGUUAAACUAAAGAAAAGGAAAGAGUACGAAAAGUUGAGGCAACAAUGUCAACAACUCCUAGUUCAGUACAACAUGGGAAAUGGGUUGAAGAUAAUAGAUGAGGUCAGUUGUGGAGAGAGCCCUGGAUUUAGCGACGACCCUGAGUCUCCUAUUUUUGAAGAUCAAAGUGCUAGGGCUUCUGUAUCCAAUGAGGAAGCCAAACUGCAAAACAGCACAGCAGAUCAACCAGUCAAUGCUAAAACUUCUUCCUGCAACGUAGUUACGGAAGAAGCUAAAAGUGGUGUAACUUGUGCUUCCUCCAAUGUAGUUACAGAAGAAGAUAAAAGCAGCAUAACUUAUGCUGCAGAGACAGACUCUUCCUACUCUGAAUCCUCCGAUGAAGAAAACUCGGAAGGCACAGGAAUGCCCUCCAUCAUCGAAGAGAAUACUGAAUCUGACCCUAAAUUUGCUCGCAGCGCGUCUGUCAAAGGGGAUUCUCUCAAGUCCAACCGGACUUCUGAGGACUUUGCGACAUGGCAGCGCAUCAUUCGUGUAGAUGCACUCCGCGCUAACACAGAGUGGGUCCUCUACUCCCCAAAGCAGGCUGCAAUUUCUGAGGAGGAGGCGCUGCGGUGUGCGUCAGCUGUCGGGUUGAAAAACUACGACCACCUGGAACCGUGCAUGGUCUAUCAUGCCGCUCGGCUGGUAGCUAUCCUCGAGGCUUAUUCGAUCUACGACCCAGAGAUUGGCUAUUGCCAGGGCAUGAGCGACCUCUUAUCACCCAUAGUUGCAGUGAUGGAGGAGGACCAUGAUGCAUUUUGGUGCUUUGUGGGCUUUAUGAGGAAAGCCCGCCACAAUUUCAGGCUCGAUGAGGUGGGCAUUCGAAGACAGUUGAAGAUUGUUUCUAAGAUCAUCAAAUGCAAAGACUCCCACUUCUACAGGCACCUGGAGAAGCUACAAGCCGAGGAUUGCUUCUUCGUUUAUAGAAUGGUCGUGGUACUGUUUCGAAGGGAGCUCACUUUUGAACAAACCUUGUGUUUGUGGGAGGUGAUAUGGGCCGACCAGGCUGCGAUCCGGGCCGGGAUCGGGCGGUCAGUGUGGGGUAGAAUUAGACUGCGGGCCCCUCCAACUGACGAUUUGCUUCUGUAUGCAAUUGCGGCUUGCGUUCUCCAGAGGAGGCGGCUCAUCAUCGAGAAGUACAGUAGCAUGGAUGAGAUCUUAAGGGAAUGCAACAGUAUGGUGGGCCAGCUGGAUGUGUGGAGGCUUCUAGACGAUGCCCACGAUCUGAUUGUUAAUCUACAUGACAAGAUCUGAUCAUUAAUAGUUGGCUGUGAGCAAUCUUAGGAGUGGUAUGGAACUCCAUGCCUCAGAUUGAACCCCAGUGCUUGGUGUUUCACUCACUGCCAAUGUUAAAACUAUUCUUCGUCGUUCUUUUUAUUUUUUCUUUUCAUUGAGGGAGAUUAGGUGCUCGAAAGAUGGCACAGAUUCUCGGUACGAGAUAAUUUAUACGGUUGUAUCGGUGAUGUUAUUGGAAUUGGGGGAAUGCAAUAUGCCCUCUAUGUGGGAACUGGCUUCAACUGAUUCAGUAAUUUUUAAGUUGUAGUUAGAAGGAAGAAAAUGAAUCGAAAAAUUUCUCAAUCAUCAUUAUGACAAGAUCUAGUGGGUAGACUUAUUUUAAA